GCCUCCCGCGCACCUGGCCGCGCCCUCGCCACGGAGCUGGGGCUAGGGGCGGGGGGAUGGAUCUCCGGCAUCGUUCAUGCCUCUUCCCCCUUCUCUCCCCCCCUCUUCUUCCACCUUCUGCUCUAUAAUUGCCCGCCUCCUUUCGCUCCCCUUUCGUCUGAUAUCGGAUGCGGCGCAGCGAGGGGGAGCGCUGCCAGAGGGGAGGGAAGCGGCUCUACCGCAGCCCCGCGUGAAAACGAGCGGCCGCGCCGCACCCCACGGGCUGCUGCCCCGCUGAUGCCCGCACAGACCUGUUGAUACUGUGUUUAUCAAAGGGAAGAAGAUGUUUUGUCGGUAUGAGAUACAGAGCUGUUUCCUCUUGGCUUUUUUAGUUUUCUUCAUCAAUGAUGCCCAAGGCCAAGUGUCCCCACCAACAAGAUUAAGAUAUAAUGUAGUGAGUCCUGACAGUGUACAGAUCUCUUGGAAAGCCUCAAAAGGGCAAUUCACUGGAUAUAAGCUUCUUGUCACUCCAAGUUCAGGUGGAAAGACCAACCAAUUAAUUCUUCAAAACACUGCAACCAAAGCAAUUAUUCAAGGUCUUAUUCCAGAUCAAACCUAUGCCCUUCAGAUCAUUGCAUUCAGUGAAGAUAAGGAGAGUAAGCCAGCACAAGGCCAGUUCAGAAUUAAAGAUAUUGAGAAAAGAAAAGAAACAAGUAAAUCCAAGGUGAAGGAUCCAGAAAAAACAAAUGCGAGUAAACCAGCUCCAGAAGGAAAUCUGUUUACUUGUAAAACUCCAGCAAUUGCAGAUAUUGUGAUUCUGGUAGAUGGCUCUUGGAGUAUUGGCAGAUUCAAUUUCAGACUUGUUAGACUGUUCCUGGAAAAUCUGGUUUCUGCUUUCAAUGUGGGAUCUGAGAAAACGAGAGUAGGUCUAGCACAGUACAGUGGGGAUCCCCGAAUAGAAUGGCACUUGAAUGCCUAUGGCACAAAAGAUGCUGUUUUGGAUGCAGUCCGUAACCUGCCAUACAAGGGAGGGAAUACAUUAACAGGUCUCGCCUUAACUUACAUUUUGGAAAAUAGCUUUAAGCCUGAGGCAGGUGCAAGACCUGGAGUAUCUAAAAUUGGGAUACUGAUCACUGAUGGGAAGUCCCAAGAUGAUGUUAUCCCUCCUGCUAAAAACCUACGAGAUGCUGGCAUUGAGCUGUUUGCUAUUGGUGUAAAGAAUGCAGAUAUAAAUGAGCUCAAAGAGAUUGCCUCUGAACCUGACAGCACACAUGUCUACAAUGUUGCUGAUUUCAACUUCAUGAAUACCAUUGUUGAAAGUCUUACCAGAACAGUGUGCUCACGAGUAGAGGAACAGGAGAAGGAAAUCAAAGGAGCAAUUGCUGCUUCUCUGGGGGCUCCUUCAGAUUUGGUCACAUCUGAUGUAACAGCCAGAGGAUUUCGGGUUAGCUGGACCCCUGCACCAGGCAGAGUGGAAAAAUACAGAGUUGUGUACUAUCCCACUCGAGGAGGACAACCAGAAGAGGUUGUGGUAGAUGGAAGCUUAUCAACAGCAGUUCUGAAAAACCUGAUGUCUUUAACUGAAUACCAGAUUGCUGUGUUUGCUAUAUAUGCAAAUGCUGCUAGUGAGGGCCUUCGUGGAACUGAAACUACACUUGCCCUGCCAAUGGCGUCAGAUCUGCAGUUGUAUGAUGUGACACAGAGCAGCAUGAGAGCAAAGUGGAAUGGAGUAGCGGGUGCCACAGGUUACAUGAUCCUCUACGCUCCCCUGACAGAAGGAUUGGCAGCAGAUGAGAAGGAGAUAAAAGUUGGGGAGGCUUCAACAGAUCUUGAACUGGAUGGACUAUUGCCCAAUACAGAAUAUACAGUCACAGUUUAUGCCAUGUUUGGAGAAGAAGCCAGUGAUCCCCUUACAGGACAAGAAACUACAUUGCCUCUAAGUCCACCAGCAAACUUGAAAUUUUCCAAUGUUGGAUACAGUAGUGCCAAGCUAACGUGGGAUCCUGCUUCAAAAAAUGUAAAUGGCUAUCGCAUCAUGUAUGUUAAAACAGAUGGCACAGAAACCAAUGAGGUGGAAGUUGGUCGUGUUUCAACCCAUACUUUAAAAAGUCUGACAUCCCUGACAGAGUAUACUGUUGCUAUUUUCUCCCUGUAUGAUGAAGGACAAUCUGAGCCACUUACUGGCAGCUUUACCACAAAAAGAGUACCAGCUCCUCAACAUUUGGAAAUUGAUGAAGCAUCAGCAGAUAGUUUUAGAGUAAGCUGGAAGCCUACCUCCUCCAAUAUUGCUUUUUACAGGUUGGCAUGGAUUCCUUUGGAUGGAGGGGAAUCUGAAGAGAUUGUCAUAAAUGGAGAUACAGACACUCAUGUUAUUGAGGGCUUGUUACCCAACACAGAAUAUGAAGUUUCUUUGAUGGCAGUUUUUGAUGAUGACAGUGAAAGUGAAGUUGUUGCUAUUCUUGGAUCUACACUGGCAAGAACUACUGAAAUGCCUACCACAGUGACUACUACCAGUACCAUGGCAAAGCCCACCACAGCAGUUUUUCGAACAGGAAUCAGAAACCUUGUUGUAGAUGAUGAAACAACAUCAAGUCUGAGGGUGACAUGGGACAUCACAGACUACAAUAUUCAGCAGUUCAGAGUGACCUAUCUCACUGCCAAAGGUGACCGUGCUGAGGAAGCGGUAAGAAUGGUAAUGGUGCCUGGGAGGCAAAACACUCUUUUGCUUCAGCCCCUGCUCUCUGAUACAGAGUACAAAAUUACCAUUACUCCCAUCUAUUCCGAUGGGGAAGGAGUCAGUGUUUCAGCUCCAGGCAAAACUUUACCCCUGUCUGCCCCUAGAAAUUUACGUGUCUCGGAUGAAUGGUACAACAGAAUACGCAUCAGUUGGGAUGCCCCUCCAUCACCCACCAUGGGUUACAGAAUAGUCUACAAACCUGUCAACAUUCCUGGUCCAUCUUUGGAGACCUUUGUAGGGGAUGAUAUUAAUACCAUUCUCAUUCUAAAUCUCUUCAGUGGAACAGAGUACAGUGUUAAAGUAUUUGCUUCAUACUCAACAGGCUUCAGUGAUGCCCUAACAGGCGUAGCCAAAACCUUGUACCUGGGAGUAACAAAUCUGGAUUCCUAUCAAGUCCGCAUGACUAGUCUCUGUGCUCAGUGGCAGCUUCACAGCCAUGCUACUGCAUAUAGAGUAAUUAUAGAAUCUCUUGUGGAUGGGAAAAAGCAAGAAGUAAAUCUUGGUGGAGGGACAUCUAGACAUUGUUUCUUCGAGCUGAUGCCUGGAACUCAAUAUAAAAUCAGUGUUCAUACACAGCUUCAGGAGAUAGAGGGCCCUGCUGUAAGCAUUAUGGAGACAACACUACCAUUUCCAACUCAAGCUCCAACAACACCAUCAACACCACCACCACCACCCACAAUUCCUCCUGCAAAAGAGGUGUGCAAAGCAGCCAAAGCUGACCUAGCGUUCCUGGUGGAUGGGUCAUGGAGUAUAGGAGAUGACAAUUUCAAUAAAAUAAUCAGCUUCCUCUAUAGCACUGUUGGAGCUUUGGAUAAGAUUGGUCCUGAUGGAACACAGGUGGCAAUAAUUCAGUUCAGUGAUGAUCCCAGGACAGAAUUUAAAUUGAAUGCAUACAAAACAAAAGAGACUCUUCUGGAAGCGAUUCAGCAAAUAGCCUACAAAGGAGGAAACACAAAAACAGGCAAAGCCAUUAAACAUGCAAGAGAAGUCUUGUUUACUGGAGAGGCAGGCAUGAGAAGGGGCAUUCCAAAGGUUUUGGUUGUCAUUACUGAUGGGCGAUCACAGGAUGAUGUGAACAAAGUUUCUAGAGAAAUGCAGCUAGAUGGUUUCAGCUUUUUUGCUAUUGGAGUAGCAGAUGCUGACUAUUCAGAGUUGGUUAAUAUUGGCAGCAAGCCCAGUGAAAGACAUGUCUUCUUUGUGGAUGACUUCGAUGCCUUUACAAAGAUUGAAGACGAGCUGAUCACUUUUGUUUGUGAAACUGCAUCAGCAACCUGCCCAUUGGUAGUUAAAGAUGGCAACAACUUUGCAGGUUUUAAAAUGAUGGAAAUGUUUGGUUUGGUUGAAAAGGAGUUUUCAGCUGUGGAAGGGGUUUCAAUGGAACCUGGUACAUUUAAUGUUUACCCAUGCUACAGACUGCACAAGGAUGCACUGGUAUCCCAGCCUACCAAAUAUUUACAUCCUGAAGGUCUCCCUUCUGAUUACACCAUUACAUUUCUCUUUCGUAUACUACCUGACACACCUCAAGAGCCCUUUGCUCUUUGGGAGAUUCUAAAUGAACAAUAUGAACCACUGGUUGGAGUUAUUCUAGAUAAUGGUGGUAAAACUCUGACUUUCUUUAACUAUGAUUACAAAGGAGAUUUUCAAACUGUGACUUUUGAAGGUCCUGAAAUAAGGAAGAUAUUUUACGGGAGUUUUCAUAAGUUGCAUGUUGUUAUCAGCAAGACUACAGCCAAAAUAAUUAUUGACUGCAAGCAAGUGAGCGAGAAGACCAUAAAUGCAGCAGGCAAUAUUAGUUCUGAUGGCAUAGAAGUGCUUGGGAGAAUGGUCAGAUCCAGAGGACCAAGAGACAACUCUGCACCAUUGCAGUUACAGAUGUUUGACAUUGCUUGUGCUACCUCAUGGGCCAAUCGGGACAAAUGCUGUGAGCUUCCUGGCUUGAGAGAUGAGGAGAACUGCCCUGCCCUUCCUCAUGCUUGUUCCUGUUCUGAGGCUAAUAAGGGUCCCCUUGGACCUCCUGGACCACCGGGUGGUCCAGGUGUCAGAGGUGCCAAAGGUCAUCGUGGUGAUCCAGGUCCAAAGGGACCAGAUGGACCUCGAGGUGAAAUUGGUGUUCCUGGACCUCAAGGACCUCCAGGACCACAAGGACCCAGUGGACUUUCUAUUCAAGGGCUUCCAGGGCCACCAGGUGAAAAGGGAGAGAAGGGAGAUCUUGGUUUUCCUGGUCUGCAGGGUGUCCCAGGAGCAUCAGGUUCACCUGGAAGAGAUGGAGCUCAAGGUCAAAGGGGCCUUCCUGGCAAAGAUGGACCCACAGGCCCACAAGGACCUCCUGGCCCUACAGGUAUACCUGGUGCUCCAGGUGCUCCAGGUAUUACUGGAAGUCAGGGUCCACAAGGCGAUGUUGGAGCUCCUGGUCCUCCUGGAGCUAAGGGUGAAAGGGGUGAGCGGGGUGAUCUCCAGUCCCAAGCAAUGGUGCGUGCUGUUGCUCGGCAAGUGUGUGAACAACUCAUCCAGGGUCAUAUGGCAAGAUAUAACUCAAUUCUGAACCAGAUCCCAAGCCAGUCUGUCUCAACACGAACCAUUGCAGGACCUCCUGGUGAGCCAGGUCGGCCAGGGGCUCCAGGGCCACAGGGUGAACAAGGAUCACCAGGCAUGCAAGGAUUUCCAGGAAGUCCUGGUCAACCAGGAAGACCAGGAGAAAGAGGUCUACCAGGGGAGAAAGGAGAAAAAGGCAAUCCAGGUGUUGGAACACAAGGACCCCGAGGCCCACCAGGAUCUACAGGACCUCCAGGAGAAAGUCGAACUGGCAGCCCAGGACCACCAGGAUCUCCAGGCCCACGAGGCCCUGCUGGCCACAUGGGACCACCAGGCUCACAGGGUCCUUCUGGCCCACCAGGGUACUGUGAUCCAUCCUCCUGCGCUGGUUAUGGCAUGGGAGGUGGAUACGGUGAGCCAACUGAUCAAGACAUCCCAGUAGUGCAGUUGCCACAUAACUCCUACCAAAUCUAUGACCCCGAGGACCUUUAUGAUGGUGACCAACAGCCGUACGUAGUUCACGGGUCCUACCCCUUGCCAUCCCCCUACUCCCAGUCCUCCUAUCCAUCACCUCAUCUUGCUCAACCAGAGUUUACUCCUGUUCGAGAAGAGAUGGAAGCUGUUGAACUGAGAUCCCCAGGAAUUAGUCGUUUCCCAAGGAAAGUAGCCAAAAGGAGCGUCAAGACUCCAGAACGCAAAAGGGCAAACGGAAAAAAACCCUUUCAAUGAACUGUUUAAAAAUGGGAAACAUUUUAUGUGCAUCUGUGUUUGCCCUUCUGUCCAGGUGCCUAACCUGUCACAAAAGAUGUUUACAGGCUCUUAUAUUAAAGGAGAAGAAAAAUUGUACACAACCAGUUGUCACAACAAAUAAUGGUAAUUAUCUUGCAUGCCAGAAACUUAGAAUGUUAGUGAGUUGGGGCUAGAUAACGAUGGUCACUUGUAGAUCUUUCUCUGGAGUUCUGUUCCAUACAUAUUAAAAACUGUAUCUAAAAAGCUGCAUUCAGCUACUUGGUGCACAUAGAACCAUUCAGAAAAGUUAAUGUUUGGGGUUUUUUAGUCCAUGUUUUCCCAGUUGAUUACAUUCUGUUAGUUUUGGAUGAUUUGCUUUACUAGCAGAGUAACCCUAAUAAAUUCACUGGAGAACAAUGCAUGAUCAGGUUUCCUUGAACCCAGUUACUACUUUUGCAACAAAAUCUUAUGCUAAUGGAGUAUUUUUUUAACCCACAUUAUAUAAAUACAUAAGAGUGCUCCUUGGGAGCACACUGAUAAUUUAUUGUGAACCUCUUUCAUUUCUGUUUUUUAUGCAAAUAAAAG